AUUGCGCAUCGCAGUAAGACGCAGCAAUCGGUCGCGGAACAAACGUGCAGUGUUAACAACGUCAUUAGAAUAUUAAUUGUCGCAUUGUCGCAUAUUCAUUUUAGAUAAAACCUUCGCACCUGUUUGUGCGCUAGUCGUGGAGGCGCGCGCAACUUGCGCUUUCGAUUUUGAGCCGCACAUGCGCACCACACGUAAACUCUCUGUUUUGGACAAAGUUUGAGCACAUUUAAGUGCACGCCCGGCUUUAAGAAACCGCUUUCAGUCGGAAUCGUGUGUGUGUUCAUGUUCUCAUUCUCAUUCUCAACUCAGAGACAUUUUAAUUGAACGUUUUAACGUCUGCAUCAUGUGCGUAGUGGAUUAGAUAAUGGACAGCGAUCUUGUGCUGUCGGUCGUGUUGUUCGGCCUCUUCUUCUUCGGUUUGUUUUAUUGUUAUUACGGUGCGCAGGUGCGUAUUAAGCGCGAAGAAGUCGCACGUGGCGAUUCCGAACGCGCGCUUUUACACUACCAUCAACGGCGGCAGAUUUUUUUCGGUGGUCAGGAAAUCAACACAGUGAGUCGACACGCCGAAUUGCGCGGCCAGAUGAACGAACUGCCCCCGGAUUAUAGCAAAGUCGGCGGACUACCACCAGCCUACGAUCUAGUUGUCGCUGGAAACCCUCCAGCGUAUAGUGAAGCAAUACAACUGGAGAUAAACGCUUCAUUGGCUCAUUCACACCGUAGCACCACCCCUGCGACGGACGGCGCACACUCGACUGACUUAACUGGUGUGGUAGUGGUGCCACCUGCAGUUGCAUCGCAACAACAGUGAUCCGCUCAUCGCAUUCCACUGGUUUCUACUUUAGGCAAAAUAUCUGCGUCCAACUCGGAUAUUAGGCGUACUUAAUUAACACACACGUUUACGUUAUGACUUGAGACUGUUUUAUAUUUUAAAUUUAAGACUAUUGUUAACCUGACGCGUAGCUAGAAGAAGCCAAAAAGUUGCCACCGCCAAUAAUAAUCUAGUCGGAGAUAAUUAUAUGAAAAAUUAAUGUUUGACAGAUAUUUUGUCGAAGACAACGACCCAAUGUGAUUUUAUACCAAGUGACAUGUUACAUGUUGUUUUUAAAUGCGUUCCAACGAAUAAUCUCAUAAGUCUGAUUCGCUGGCGACGAGAAAAAAACUCUUAAAUUAAAUCACACCAGGAAAACACAAAUUGAUUGUACAAUAUUCCUCAAUCCGAACACGAUUCUCUCACGGCUGUGCAAUAACUGGAUAAUUUUAAAAUGCGUAUUCAGUAUUUUAAUAAUUUUAUAAGAAACACAAGUGCAAUUAAAUAAUAAAAAUCGUUAGAAAAUACCUACUUAGCAUUUGUUGAUCUACGAGAUAAUUAUGUGCAAACAAAAGCAGCGCGCUGACGUACAUCGCGAGAUUAUCUUGUUUUAUUGUUAGCCACUCCAAAAAAUAACGAAUUGUAAUUUUUUCAACUUUCAGCGGCUGGGUGAUAAGAACAGGUGCGCCAUGCGAGACGUGACAUUCUACGUUCAGCUAUGGGAUGAAACGGUUGCUCCUCGGUGUGUAAACAAGUACAUUUUUAAUAAUUAUUGAUUAGGAACGCGUUUCGACUUCAUAAUCAACUGGUUACGAUGUAAAUUAAUCACAGUUUUGCUGAGUUCUUCGGAGAAUAUCGCAAUAAAACACAUAAAAAUUACAAAUCCACCAUUUUUUCUGAUAAAUAAUUAAAUUCCUAGGCAGUAAUAAAAAAACUAUAACAUAAAUUGAUAAAAAACGCAUUAGAAAGUGCAAUGUCGUACUUAAUGAUUGAAUUGUUGAUUGUCGCGGCAGCGUUGAUCUUGUUUGUCGUCUCGUUUUGUGGAUUCCUACAAAAAUGGCGGCUCUACGUGCAAGAACUGGAAGAACAAAAUAAUCGCAGCAACGAGAAAUCCAAAGAUAACAAUGCUCCACCAUCGUAUAAUCACACAAUUGAAAUGGAUUUACCACCAAAGUAUGACGAUGCAGUUAAAAUGCCAGAAUGUCCGCCAUUAAGGAACGAUUUUGUUUUAAAUGUUCAGAACUUACAAGAAGUACAAGAAAAACGUGUAGAAAUUGUAUAAAAUGAAUAAACAUGAAUAAAUCCUGUUGUUAUUAGCAGAUAAGUACGGAA